AUGUAUUCUCAAAAUUACCCUGUUGUUGAUAAUGUUGUGUACCCACAACAGCAGCAGCAGCAGCAGCAGCAGUUUCAGCAACGGCUACAAUCACCUAUUCAUCCUACCAUGAUGCAGCGCCAGCAGCCAAUGCCACUGCGACACAGAAAAGAGCCUUUGCCUAGUGCGACAGAUGCCAAACCCAACAUCACACUGUCCAUCUCUGAAAUAGCCGAGUUUUCAUCCACCAUGGUUUACUUGAUGUGGCAUGCUAGAAGACAAUCUGUGAUGGAUUUGCACUCGAGCUCCAAAUCUGAUAUCACACUGCAGAAUAAUAGCAGCUUGGAGCAAACAAGAGUGACAGCAGACAUGGCCAACAUGACAAGUGCAGCAUUCAAAAAGUUCUGUCGCCAGAUUCUUAGUGCAACACAAUUAUCAGAGUCUGUAGUAUUGCUCUCGCUGAAAUACAUUGCCAUGCUGCUUCAAAACAAUCCAAAUAUUCAGGGUGCUGAUGGAUCAGAGUACAGAUUGUUUACAGUGGCACUGAUGCUGGCCAACAAGUUUCUGGAUGACAACACCUUUACAAACAAAACUUGGUCAGAGGUAUCAGGAAUGAAAGUGAUUGAUUUGAAUAUCAUGGAAUUAGAGUUUUUGGAUGUGUUACGAUUCAAAUUGUCUGUCCAAAAGGAAGAAUACGAGAGAUGGAGAACAGCUUUAUUUGGCUUUCGAAGUCAAUUGAUGGGAGUUCCUGUGGAGAUACAACGACAAAAGCUGAUGGAAACAAUGGCGCUCUCUGUAGGCAAUACACAGCAAUCAUGGAGCCAGCAGCAACAGUACAAGCACCAUCAAGCGCAACAGCAACAUCAAGUACAACAGCAGCAACAACAACAACAGAAAGCACAACAACAACAACAACAGCAGCAGCAGCAGCAGCAGCAGCAGCAGCAGCAGCAACAGCAACAUGCGGCUGCAGUGGCUGCAGUGACGCAUAACUUCUUCCUCUUUUCAAAGGCUCAACAACAGUAUCCUGUCCAACCUACAUUUAAUGGGCCCUUGACACGAGUACCACUGAGAAUUCCAGCGCAACCUGUAUAUCACAAUAUCCGAACUACUCCCUCUGCUCCACCCAACGUGCUGACACCUAUGAAUGUAUAUGACAAUCGUUCCAAUGUCCCGGUACCUUCUUCUGCAACAACUGCAACAACAAAUGGAUAUUCUAGCACGGGGGCUAGUGGUAGCAGCAGCAGACGACCUGCAGCAGAGACAGGCUAUGCGCCUUACCAGAAACAACCAUCGCAAAACACUUCACAGCCUCGUGUCGUUGCUUCCAAUGUGGUUGUUCCAUCUAGCUCUUCUGCCACUUCUUCCAAUUCCAAUACACCCAUCUAUCCUCAACAAGCACUACCACAACAGCAACCACAAAAGCCAUCGCCGUUUGGUACACCCAUUUCCAAUCAACAGCCAUUUACGAGAUCCUAUCCAUCUGCUUCAGUUACAAACAGCAGCAAUGUGACUCCUGUGAGCCAUCAUCAUCAUUCACACCACCCACACCACCAAGCACCCACGGCAUCAAACAACACCAGCAACGCAAGUACGCGCGCUAGCCAUCGUACAUCGUCAUUACCGUCAUCAGGUGGAUUGGAAUUGAAUGUCAAAAAUAGCACCUAUUAUUACGCAACACCAUCUGCCACACCCACCAACAUUGCUUACUCAAGCACCAAUAGCAAUGGUAAUAACUACCCUUCUUCCACCACCACCACGAGUUAUUAUGUGGACCCUACAACGUCCAUGACUACACCUGUUACUGCCAUGGCUACAUCGCCUGCCGACUACAAUCCGUACAAUACAGCCAACACGCAUACUUCGUCAGCUGGGAUGACUGAUGCCUAUAACAGGCCAAUGGUACCGAGAUCUACAUCGUACAAGAAUGUACAACCUCAACAACAUCCACAACAUCAAUUGCCUGUGACACCCAACGGACAUUAUAUGCAGCAACAGCAACAGCAACAUGAUGUGUAUGCUUCAUCUCAGUUACAGCCACCUCUGCAACCCCAUCAGCAACAGCAACAACAGCAACAACAGCAAGCCGCCGCUUAUAAUGGACCUACUCUAGAAGAUCCACUCACUGCCAUCGACUCUUACAGGGCGCAUCGCCAUUAA